UUGAGUUCUGUUAGUGUAGCAUGAGCAUUUCCCGUUUUACCAGAGAAGGAGGAUUUGUUCGGCCUGGUGAAGCUUCAGAAGGAAGGUGUUUAACGAAAUUGGUAUUGUUAAAUAUUUCACGACUCGAGGAACAGGAUACAAUGAGCUUCCGAGGAAAGGUCUUUAAACGGGAGGCCAGUGAAUUUCGGAAGAAGAGACGAACGGUGAGGAGAAUAAAUCAAGAAGAAAUCCACAGAUUUACCUCUCAGGAAAAGCCCAGACUUCUCGAGCCUUUGGAUUAUGAAACCGUCAUUGAAGAACUUGAAAAGACCUAUCGGAAUGAUCCCCUUCGAGAUCUCCUGUUCUUCCCCAGGGACGACUUUUCAACGGCCACCGUGUCUUGGGAUAUCCGCACACUGUACUCAACGGUACCCGAAGACGCAGAACACAAAGCAGAAAAUUUGCUGGUGAAAGAGGCUUGUAAAUUUUAUAGCUCCCAAUGGUAUGUGGUAAACUACAAAUAUGAACAAUAUUCUGGAGACUUCCGACAGUUACCCCGAGCAGAAUACAAACCAGAGAAACUUCCUUCACAUUCCUUUGAGGUGGACCAUGAAGACGCUGAUAAGGAUGAAGAUACCACCUCCCACUCAUCUUCUAAGGGCGGUGGGGGAGCUGGAGGAACCGGAGUUUUCAAGUCUGGCUGGCUCUACAAGGGGAAUUUCAAUAGCACCGUGAACAAUACCGUUACUGUUCGGUCAUUCAAAAAGCGCUACUUCCAGCUGACUCAGUUGCCAGAUAACUCCUACAUCAUGAAUUUUUACAAAGAUGAAAAGAUAUCCAAAGAGCCCAAAGGCUGCAUCUUUUUGGAUUCCUGUACAGGUGUGGUGCAGAAUAACAGACUAAGAAAAUAUGCUUUUGAAUUGAAAAUGAAUGACCUAACUUAUUUUGUGCUGGCGGCUGAAACAGAGUCAGAUAUGGAUGAAUGGAUCCACACCCUGAACCGCAUCCUGCAAAUCAGUCCUGAGGGGCCACCUCAGGGGAGGAGGAGCACGGAGCUUGCAGAUCUGGGGCUGGAUUCGCUGGAUAAUUCUGUAACUUGUGAAAGCACACCAGAGGAAACAGAGUCUUCAGAGAACAGCCUACACCCAGACUUCGCAAAAUACCUCACAGAAACUGAAGAGACUGUCAAAACAACUCGAAAUACGGAGAGGUUAAAUCUGUUCUCGCUGGAUCCAGAUAUAGAUACCUUGAAACUUCAGAAAAAGGACCUUUUCGAACCCGACCUUGGGAUCAAACCAUUUGAAGAAAAAGCCGCCAAGAGAAUCAUGAUCAUCUGUAAAGCUCUCAACUUAAAUCUUCAGGGAUGUGUUACGGAGAAUGAGAAUGACCCAAUAACGAAUAUAGACCUUUUUUUUGUGAGUGUGGCACUUUAUGACCUCAGAGACUGCAGGAAGAUUUCUGCGGAUUUUCAUGUGGAUCUAAAUCACACUGCUGUCAGACAGAUGCUCUCAGGGGCUUCCGUGGCUUUGGAAAACGGAAACAUUGACACUGUUUCCCCAAGGCAAUCAGAAGAACCUCACGUCAAGGGAUUUCCAGAGGAAUGGCUAAAAUUUCCAAAGCAGGCUAUAUUUUCUGUAAGCAAUCCACAUUCUGACAUUGUUUUGGUGGCCAAAAUCGAGAAAGUACUGAUGGGGAACAUUGCAAGUGGUGCUGAACCUUAUAUUAAAAAUCCGGACUCCAAGCAUGCACAAAAGAUACUGAAAUCCAACAGGCAGUUCUGCAACAAGUUGGGGAAGUACCACAUGCCGUUUGCUUGGGCAGUAAGAUCAGUAUUUAAGGACAACCAGGGAAAUGUGGACAGAGACUCAAGAUUUUCACCAUUGUAUAGACAAGAAAGUAGCAAGAUUUCAACCGAGGACCUCCUAAAACUAGUGUCAGAUUACAGAAGGGCUGACAGAAUAAGCAAAACACAGACCAUCCCUGGAAGCCUGGAUAUUGCUGUGGACAACAUUCCUUUGGAGCAUCCAAACUGUGUAACAUCGUCCUUUAUCCCUGUCAAGCCUUUCGAUGUGACGGCUCAACCAGAACCCACGGUGGAGGUGGAAGAAUUUGUUUACGACUCAACAAAGUAUUGUCGUCCUUAUAGAGUAUACAAAAAUCAAAUUUACAUUUACCCCAAGCACCUCAAGUAUGAUAGCCAGAAAUGUUUCAACAAGGCUCGAAACAUAACCGUGUGCAUUGAAUUCAAAAACUCUGACGAAGAAGGUGCCAAGCCCGUGAAGUGUAUUUAUGGAAAACCUGGAGGGCCUCUCUUCACCUCGGCUGCCCACACAGCAGUUCUGCACCAUUCCCAGAAUCCGGAUUUCUCUGACGAGGUGAAAAUCGAGCUCCCAACACAGCUCCAUGAGAAACACCAUAUUUUGUUUUCUUUUUAUCACGUCACUUGUGACAUAAAUGCCAAGGCUAACGCCAAGAAAAAGGAGACUCUGGAAACAUCAGUUGGGUAUGCUUGGCUUCCACUGAUGAGACAUGAUCAGAUUGCUUCUCAAGAGUACAAUAUCCCAAUAGCAACAAGCCUGCCUCCUAAUUAUUUAAGCGUUCAAGAUUCUGCGAGUGGGAAGCAUGGCGGGAGUGACAUUAAGUGGGUCGAUGGUGGAAAGCCUCUCUUCAGAGUGUCAACAUUUGUGGUGUCCACAGUGAAUACUCAGGAUCCCCACGUGAACGCAUUUUUCCGACAGUGCCAAAAAAGGGAAAAAGAUCUGUCUCAGUCACCUACCUCGAAUUUCAUCCGCUCUUGUAAGAACUUACUGAAUGUGGAAAAGAUUCACACAAUCAUGAGUUUUCUGCCUAUAAUCUUGAAUCAGCUGUUCAAGGUGCUGGUACAGAACGAGGAAGACGAAAUAAGUACAGCCGUGACCAGGGUUCUGACCGACAUCGUGGCCAAGUGCCAUGAGGAACAGCUGGACCACUCCAUCCAGUCGUACAUUAAGUUCGUGUUCAAGACCAGGGCAUGCAAGGAGAGAACUAUACAUGAGGAGCUGGCUAAAAAUGUGACUGGUCUUUUGAAAUCCAAUGACACCCCAACAGUAAAGCAUGUCCUCAAGCAUUCUUGGUUCUUCUUUGCAAUUAUCCUCAAAUCAAUGGCACAGCACUUGAUUGACACAAAUAAAAUUCAGCUUUCUCGGACUCAAAGAUUUCCUGAAUCUUACCAGAAUGAAUUGGACAAUCUUGUAAUGGUCCUAUGCGAUCACGUGAUUUGGAAGUACAAAGAUGCACUUGAAGAGACAAGAAGGGCAAAUCAAAGCGUUGCCAGAUUUCUUAAGCGCUGUUUUACAUUUAUGGACCGGGGCUUUGUAUUUAAGAUGGUUAACAAUUACAUCAGCAUGUUCUCCUCUGGUGACCUCAAGACCUUAUGCCAGUAUAAAUUUGAUUUUCUUCAAGAAGUAUGUCAGCAUGAGCACUUUAUUCCUUUGUGUCUCCCCAUAAGAUCCGCAAACAUUCCAGAUCCCUUGACGCCUUCAGAAUCAACUCAAGAGUUACAUGCAUCAGAUAUGCCUGAAUAUUCGGUCACGAAUGAAUUUUGCCGCAAACACUUCUUAAUUGGAAUUCUACUUCGAGAAGUUGGCUUUGCCCUGCAAGAAGACCAGGACAUCAGGCACUCAGCUUUAGCUGUCCUAAAAAAUCUAAUGGCUAAGCAUUCCUUUGAUGAUCGAUACAGAGAACCCGAGAAACAGGCCCAGAUAGCAAGUCUAUACAUGCCCCUGUAUGGCAUGCUUCUGGACAAUAUGCCAAGGAUUUACCUGAAGGACUUAUAUCCUUUUACCGUCAACACAUCCAACCAAGGGUCUAGAGAUGACCUCAGCACCAAUGGAGGAUUUCACAGCCAGUCGGCUAUGAAACAUGCAAAUUCUGUGGAUACAUCAUUUUCUAAAGAUGUUUUAAAUUCCAUAGCAGCAUUUUCAUCAAUAGCUAUUUCUACAGUAAACCAUGCUGACUCCAGAGCAUCCCUGGCAAGUCUUGACUCCAACCCAAGCACCAAUGAGAAGAGCAGCGAGAAAACAGACAACUGCGAAAAGAUCCCUAGACCCUUGUCUUUGAUAGGGUCAACCCUUCGAUUUGACAAGUUAGAUCAAGCAGAAACCAGGAGCCUUCUCAUGUGCUUUCUUCACAUUAUGAAGACAAUUUCAGAGGAGACGCUGAUUGCCUACUGGCAAAGAGCACCCAGUCCAGAGGUGUCUGACUUCUUCAGCAUCUUGGAUGUUUGUCUUCAAAAUUUCAGAUACCUAGGAAGACGCAAUAUAAUAAGGAAAAUUGCUGCAGCGUUUAAAUUUGUGCAGUCCACCCAGAACAAUGGAACUCUCAAAGGCUCUAACCCUUCCUGCCAAACAUCAGGUCCCUUGCCACAAUGGAUGCAUACCACGUCCGCUCACGAAGGACAUAAGCAGCACCGAUCACAAACUUUACCUAUAAUUCGAGGCAAAAAUGCACUUUCUAAUCCCAAACUUUUACAGAUGUUAGACAAUACCAUGUCCAGCAACUCCAAUGAAAUAGACAUCGUGCACCAUGUGGACACAGAGGCCAAUAUAGCUACAGAGGUGUGCCUGACUAUCCUAGACCUGCUAUCACUCUUCACCCAGACUCACCAGAGACAACUCCAACAAUCUGAAUGUCAAAAUUCCAUGAUGAAAAGGGUCUUUGACACCUACAUGGUCUUUUUCCAAGUCAACCAGUCAGCCACAGCGCUGAAGCACGUGUUUGCCUCCUUGAGACUGUUUGUUUGCAAGUUUCCUUCAGCGUUCUUUCAAGGGCCUGCCGACCUGUGUGGAUCCUUCUGCUAUGAAGUCCUAAAAUGCUGUAACCACAGGUCACGGUCAACUCAGACAGAAGCAUCAGCCCUUCUAUACUUUUUCAUGAGGAAGAAUUUUGAAUUUAGCAAGCAGAAGUCAAUUGUCCGGUCCCACUUACAACUUAUCAAGGCUGUAAGCCAGUUAAUCGCCGAUGCUGGGAUUGGAGGCUCUCGGUUUCAGCAUUCCCUUGCAAUUACCAACAAUUUUGCUAAUGGAGACAAGCAGAUGAAAAACAGCAACUUCCCAGCAGAGGUGAAAGAUCUGACAAAACGUAUAAGGACUGUUUUGAUGGCCACAGCUCAGAUGAAAGAGCAUGAGAAGGACCCCGAGAUGCUGGUGGAUCUCCAGUACAGCCUGGCAAACUCCUAUGCAAGCACCCCUGAGCUGCGCAGGACCUGGCUGGAAAGCAUGGCCAAGAUUCACGCGAGAAACGGCGACUUAUCCGAGGCCGCGAUGUGUUACAUCCAUAUAGCUGCCCUCACUGCGGAAUACCUGAAAAGAAAAGGUUACUGGAAAAUGGAAAAGAUUUGCACACCACCCCUGCUCCCGGAGGAUACCCAUCCCUGUGAUAACUACCCAUUACUAACAGCUCCCAGCGGAGGAAGCAUGUUCUCUAUGGGCUGGCCAGCUUUUCUGAGCAUUACACCAAAUAUUAAAGAAGAAGGAGCAAUGAAAGAAGAUUCGGGAAUGGAAGACACACCGUACAAUGAGAAAAUCCUGGUGGAGCAGCUCUACCUGUGUGCGGAGUUUCUUUGGAAGUCUGAGCGAUAUGAACUCAUCGCUGACGUCAACAAACCCAUCAUCGCUGUCUUUGAGAAGCAGAGAGACUUCAAGAAAUUAUCAGAUCUCUACUACGACAUUCAUCGGUCGUACCUAAAAGUUGCAGAGGUGGUGAACUCAGAGAAGAGGCUGUUCGGUCGCUACUAUCGUGUAGCCUUUUACGGGCAGGGCUUUUUUGAAGAGGAGGAAGGUAAGGAGUAUAUUUAUAAAGAGCCUAAGCUGACGGGCCUCUCGGAGAUUUCUCAAAGACUGCUCAAGCUCUAUGCGGAUAAAUUUGGUGCAGACAAUGUGAAGAUAAUCCAGGAUUCCAACAAGGUAAACCCCAAGGAUCUGGACCCUAAAUAUGCCUACAUCCAGGUGACCUAUGUCACACCAUUCUUUGAGGAAAAGGAAAUCGAGGACCGGAAGACGGAUUUCGAGAUGCACCACAACAUCAACCGCUUCGUCUUCGAGACGCCCUUUACGCUGUCGGGCAAGAAGCACGGCGGGGUAGAGGAGCAGUGCAAGCGGCGCACCGUGCUGACCACCAGUCACUUGUUCCCCUACGUGAAGAAGCGAAUACAAGUCAUAAGCCAGUCGAGCACAGAACUGAAUCCUAUCGAAGUGGCCAUUGACGAGAUGUCCAAGAAAGUUUCUGAGCUGAAUCAGCUUUGCACAAUGGACGAGGUGGACAUGAUCCGACUGCAGCUCAAAGUCCAAGGAAGUGUCAGCGUGAAGGUUAACGCUGGGCCGAUGGCCUACGCACGAGCUUUCCUUGAAGAAACCAAUGCGAAGAGAUACCCUGACAACCAAGUAAAACUUCUGAAGGAAAUAUUCAGGCAAUUUGCAGACGCGUGUGGACAGGCCCUUGAUGUGAAUGAGCGCCUCAUCAAGGAGGAUCAGCUGGAGUACCAGGAAGAGCUGAGGUCCCAUUAUAAGGACAUGCUCAGUGAACUCUCCACAAUCAUGAAUGAGCAGAUUAUGUGCAGGGACGACCCGUCAAAGCGCGGAGCGGAGCGAACCUGUCCUCGAGUAAUUAGCAGGCCGGCUCCCCCUUUACCCACUGUCUCCAUCUCAGCCAGUGAGGACGCUUGAAGGGAGGUCUACUGCAUCAGACACGCCUCGAAGGGACCCUUCUGAAUUUGUAGCUCAUCUCGGGGAAGAGAAAGACUUAAUUUAUUUGAAGUUUUUAUAGUAUUAAUAUUUUUUUUUUUUUUUACCUCGCUAGCUUGAGAAUUUCGCCAGCUUUCGGCUUUGCACAUUUCUUAUGAUUUUUUUUAUUCCUUUGAGCAGCAUUGAUCAAGCCAAGCUGAAUAUUUGCCGUGAAAUUCCAACGAAUGUGUAGCUCAAAAGCAAACCCUAAGUUUGCUGUCAGUUAUAAUAUGUUCAAUACCAAGUCCUAGUACACAUAUUUUAAAGGUCAAAGUGAAUGUUUUUGUAACAUUUAAGCAUAUUCCAAAUGUAAAUAGAAGAUUGUAAAAUAUAUGGUUUUUACCAAAUUUAAAAGAGCCUUUUUAGUUAAUACUUAUGACAGUGCUAAAAUUAUAUGAAUAACAUUUCAGAUACCAUUAUAUUAAAAUAUUUGUGUAUGUGUACAAACAUGUUGAUAAAUACUAAUCUCUAAAGUUUGUGGAGUUCCUUUAUUUGUAAUAUAUGUGCUCUCAAAAGCAAUGGGAUGUGAAAUUAUGUAUUUUGUUGUUCAUAGAAAUAAAAAAUACAAUUCCUUUGCA